AUGGCGACGGACGGGGAUGAAGCCCCCAGCCCCAGCGGCUCCCCGGAGCACUCCCUGCUCCCGCUGCCGGCCUCGUCCCCCCCUGAACCCCCGAGAGAGGUGGCUGCUCCCCUGUCUGGAGGACAAGCCUACAGAAAAAGGCUCCCCAUGCCCCGCACUCGCCUGCAGCAGGAGCAGGCCCCUGGCCGGAGCAGGAGGCAGCGGAUGGAGAGGGACGCUGCCCCAUGGCUCUCUGCUGACGACCUGCAGAAGAUGUGGCUGCUGUCCAGUGGGCAGGUGGUCUCCAAAACUCGUGUCCCUGCCCACGGGCAAAUCAUGCGAGUGAGGCUGCGUGCCGAGGGGGAUGCCGAGGGAGAUGCCAAGGGGGAUGUCUUGACAGCCAGCCCAGAAGGAGACUGCCAGGAUGGGCGCUGUGGGCUCAUCAAGCGCCCUGGGGACCUGUACGAGGUGCUGGCCUUCCACCUGGACCGGGUGCUGGGGCUGAACCGCAGCCUGCCCGCCGUGGCCCGGCGCUUCAGCAGCCGCCUGCUGCCCUACAGCUACACCAACGGCGCCCUGCGCCCCAUCAUCUGGUGGGCUCCUGACCUCCAGCACCUGGAGGAUGCCAACAAUGACCAGAACUCCUGUGCCCUGGGAUGGCUGCAGUACCAGGAGAUGCUGCAGCCCCACAGGCCAAUGCUGCUGGCCAGGGAUGCUCCCUGCUCCAGCAUCCCACACAGCGAGUGGAGCCGCCUGGCCCUCUUUGACUUUCUUCUCCAGGUUCAUGACCGCCUGGACCGCUAUUGCUGUGGGUUUCAGCCUGAUCCCUCUGAGCCCUGUGUGGAGGAGAUGCUCCACGAGAAGUGCCGGAAUCCAGCAGAGCUGGUCCUGGUCCACAUCCUGGUCCGGAGGAGUGCUCCGUCCCGCCUGGUGUUCAUCGACAACGCGGGCAGGCCACAGCACCCUGAGGAGAAGCUCAACUUCAGGCUCCUGCAAGGCAUAGAAAGCUUUCCGGCAGCGGCGGUGGCCACGCUGCGGUCGGGCAGAUUGCAGAGCCUGUUGCAGCGGUCCCUGCGCCUGGACCGGGAGCUCUGGGAGAGCCAGGGUGGUGCUGAGGGGCUGAGACCCCUGCUCCAGACCAUUGACAGGAGGGCACAGAUCCUGCUGCGCCACAUCCAAGAGCACAACCUGACGGUGUUUGAGGACUCACCGCGCUGAACUGACCUCCAGCUGGCUCACAGGGCCUGCCUUGCACAUCCCAGCAGCCAU